GAGAGAGACAGAGAGAGAGAGAGAGAGAGAGAGAGAGAGUGUGUGUGUGUGUGUGUGUGUUAAGGAACCGACUCCUGAGCCGGAGUCGCAUUACUGAGCUCGCGCUCUCCUCCUGCACGCGCGGUACAGGUGUAAAGGAAGUAUCUGAUAAAUCGGCUGAAGUACCGGAUUAACCUCGGGAUGAAAGCCGGAUGAACAGACUCUAACAAUUUUUUAUUUAUAGCUUUUCUUUAUAAUUAAUUGAUUUAAAAAUAUAAAUGUCUGUAUAUUUCGAUAUUCUGUACUGAAAGUUUCCUCAGUUCUCUGUAACUCGGCGCUGAUGGCGGAGCUUCACGGGAAUUUCUCUCUCCUACACCGCGCGUGCACGCUCCUCGUGGCCGUGUGCAUCCUCCACCUGUCCGUGGUCAUCUUCUUUUACCUGAGGACCUACAACAUAGUCGCGCGCGUCCAGACGCCGGUGGCAUCGCAGUACAUCACCACCACAAGUGUACCGACCACACCGGAAGUGGCCACGGAGGGAAAUAAAACCCUGCAGUACUGUCCCAAUACUCCUCCAAAAUUAGAGGGUCCACUGUAUGUGGACUUUUCCGAGCCGGUGAAGUUGGAGGGGAUAAUGAAGAACACUCGUCUGGCUCUGGGUGGUCACUUCAGGCCGAGCGAGUGUGUGUCUGAGCAGAAGGUGGCGGUCAUCAUCCCGUUCAGAGACAGAGAACAGCACCUCAAAUACUGGCUCUUCUACAUGCACCCCAUCCUGCAGAGGCAGCAGCUAGACUACGGUGUCUACAUCAUCGAGCAGCCUUUAACCGGCAGAAGCUGCUGAGCCGGGCAGGGCUACAUGGAGGCUCUGAAGGAAUACGACUACAACUGUUUCGUCUUCAGUGACGUCGAUCUGAUCCCCGUGGAUGACCGGAACAUCUACAAGUGCUACGACCAGCCGAGGCACCUCUCUGUGGCCAUGGACAAAUUCGGCUUCAGGUUGCCAUAUAAUGAGUAUUUCGGCGGUGUUUCCUCUCUGAGUAAAGAACAGUACCUGAAGAUCAAUGGCUUCCCCAACAACUACUGGGGCUGGGGGGGUGAGGACGAUGAUGUCUACAACCGCUUGACAUUUCGGGGAAUGUCUAUUUCCCGACCCGAUCAUCAGAUCGGCAGGUGUAAGAUGAUCCGUCAUGCGAGAGACAAGCUGAACGAACCCAACCCUCACAGGUUCUCACGAAUCUCCCAAACGAAACAGACGAUGGAGAAGGACGGCAUCAACUCGCUCAGCUACAGCGUGAUGAGUUGGGAGAAGAACAGACUCUACACCAAAGUCGUGGUGGACAUCGGAAAACCUCCUCACUUAUAAACCACAAACACAUUCACACUUUUCUGGCAACAUAAACUGUGAGUUCUUCAGGGAGGUUUCUCAGGGAUACGGCUGGAAUGCUGGAAAACAUGACGUGUACUUGCACUUUCUUCAUUCUUAUCUUUAUUUUGAUUAUAUUUGGCAAUCGGUUGGAUAAACAUCUUGGAUAAUUUUAAGGAGGAAGAGUUUUGGAGAUAAAGCACAUUGAGAAGGUGAAGGUCUAAAGGUAGAGGGCGGGAAUUCAGCUGCAUCUCGCCUUCACCGAUCUGACAGGAAAUACAGGCUUUUGAGUGUGUGUGUGUGUGUGUGUGUGUGUGUGUCAUGUUCCAUACUAAUUAGGCCUGGAAGCUGGCAAGUGAAGUGGGCGUGGCCAUGUAUUACUGUUCUGUCACAGGACCAGAAUGACCUGAAAGACAACAAAUUAUCAUUAACCUUUUUAGGUUUAGGGAGAGAUGUGUGUGUGUGUACACAACCUCACCCGAAAACGUGUUCUGAUCAUAAAAGGACUCAACCUGUGUCGAAUUUCCCAGACAUGCCAACUGAGUAAUUAAAGAUCUAGUAAUAAUUUCACCACACCUGUACAAAUCAGUCUCACAUACCUGAAUAAAGACUUCUCUUUUGUCUAAACAGAUUGCGGUAUUGCAGCUUAAAAUAAAGGCGUGGCCUAAUUCUGCCUGACGAUGCAUGUCACUUCAGCUUCAUCAUCAUUGAUUUAACAUCACAUCACCACGUGCUCAUGAUUUUUCACGUGCUGGACCUCUGAAGGUUCAGGAAGAGCGUGUGUAAGGCUCUGCUGGAGUUUUUCGUCCUCCUGGUCUCUGUGGGAAUGUCCUUCAGCGGAGCGGAUGUUUGUCAGGACUGUUUAAGUAGGGAAGCGUUGGACUUUCCGUGCUCAUGGUCCCUUGUUCACUUCCCCUAAAGACUCAGCAGUGUGCAUCAUCAUCAUCAUCAUCAUCAUCAUCACAGCAGCAGAAACAACAGGUUUGGUGGGCAUGGCCUGUCUGAAUCUCUGCUAUGAAUCGGGAGUAGAGUAGCUAAAGUGAGAGUAGAGGUUUGACGCUAGCUGCUUGCUAACUCACAGUGAAGAGACAGGGGCCCGAGAUGGAGGCGGAGUCUUGUGUGUAAACAUGGCUUCCUUCUCAGCAGUGGAAUAAAUAAACACCGAAAUCAGACUGAACUUUUUUUUUUGUCAAAAGCUUUAAUCAGACGUUUUGGUUUCUUGUAGCGAUGCUACGUCAUUACGGGAAAUCAGCAGCUGCCGUCUUUGGCGAUUAAGAUGUCCGAUUUGGUUUUCCUGCAGAGAAGAAAGAGAAGAUUGUAUUUACGUGGUAUUUUGUGUCACACUCACUGAGGGUUCGCUAACAGGAAGCUACAACCGUGCUAACAGGAUCUUCAGGGUCAUAUGAAACAAGACGAAUUUCAUUUUAAUUCAGGAAACAGGUUCAAGAACAGGUUCAUCUUUGAAACAUGAGUGUGUGUACGGUGUGAGGGAGCGGUGAUCCUUAUCAGAAACCUACAGCUGGAAUCAUCAUCAUAUAUUUAAAAAACACUUGGAUGUUUUGACUCGUUAACUUCCUCAUUGGUACCAAGCCAUUAAUCCCUUUGUUUCAAACUGGUAUGAACCUGAUUCCAGAGAGGUUCUAGAUGUUUCUACAGUCAUAUUUAUGCGCAGGCUCCACCCCAAAUCGCCACCUUUCAAUCACUCUUUGGACUCCGCCCUUUUUUCAGAGCUUUCACAUAGAAACGAAGGAAAUUUGCAUAUUCAUUAAACACACACAGGGUCUGUAAACUCUGUUAGAAAAUCUGUGCAGUGUUGGUGGGCAUGGCCGGGCGUGUGUGUGCGUGUGUGUGUGUGUGUGUGUGUGUGUGUGUU